GGCGGGCUCCCCGUCAGGUUCCCGGGGGGGGGGCGUUUGAAGGGGUCCGUCGGGCUUCAGAGUCUGUGGCGAUUGGGGGGCCUGACAUUUUGGGCUUUAGUCAGAAUCUGUACUGAUCGGAGGGUUGUGUGAAGGGGAAAGGCAGGGUCCUGUAGCAGGGGUCAUCUGUGGAGAUGGGACGGGGGAGGGGCCCGAAUCUGUGGGGGCCCCCAGAAGCGUCAGCGCUGGGGGUCAGCGUCUGUACUGAUUGCGGAGGUGUGUGUGACGGGGUCAGCGCGGAGUCUGUACCAGGGGUCACCCACAGAGAUUAUGGGGGGCCCGAAUCUGUGGGGGCCCCCAGAAGGGUCAGCGCUGGGGUUCAGCGUCUGUACUGAUUGCGGAGGUGUGUGUGACGGAGUCAGCGCUGAGUCUGUACCAGGGGUCACCCACAGAAACUGGGGGGGGCCCGAAUCUGCGGGGGCCCCAGAAGCGUCAGUGCUGGGGUUCAGCGUCUGUACUGAUUGCGGAGGUGUGUGUGAAGGGGUCAGCGCGGAGUCUGUACCAGGGGUCACCCACAGAGAUUAUGGGGGGCCCGAAUCUGCGGGGGCUCCAGAAGGGUCAGCGCUGGGGUUCAGCGUCUGUACUGAUUGCGGAGGUGUGUGUGACGGGGUCAGCGCUGAGUCUGUACCAGGGGUCACCCACAGAGAUUAUGGGGGGCCCCCAGAAGCGUCAGCGCUGGGGUUCAGCGUCUGUACUGAUUGGGGAGGUGUGUGUGACGGGGUCAGUGCUGAGUCUGUACCAGGGGUCACCCACAGAGAUUAUGGGGGGCCCGAAUCUGUGGGGCCCCCAGAAGGGUCAGUGCUGGGGUUCAGCGUCUGUACUGAUUGCGGAGGUGUGUGUGACGGACAGAGUCUGUACCAGGGGUCACCCACAGAAAUUAGGGGCAUCAGAGUGCAGGGGCUAGUCAGGGUUCCAGGACUCAUGGAAGGCAGUAUUGGGCUCAAGGUCUGUGGAGGUUGGACUUCACAUCCUGAGUCUGUUAGAUUCAAAGUCUCGUGUCUGGUCGCCAUCUUGCGGGAUUCAUGGAUUUAGGGGUUUGGAACCUAAAGGACUUGAGGGGCGUCUGAAAUUUGGUCCGGUGGGAGCAGCGUUGAGGUUCAGAGUUCUAGGUCUGGGUUUGGGCUUAGGAUCGUGAAGUUUGGGGUUUGUUGGGGUAUGGGGUAUUGUGAUCUGUAGAGUUGAGUGUGAGGGCGGUCCCUUUGGGGACUUGGGGUUCAGGGUUGGAAGGGAGAGAUUUGGGGACCUUUAGAGUCCUUACAGGGUCUGUUUGGGG